GAGAGCAGUUGCAGACGUGUAUUACGCUGGAGAUGUGAGCAUCAGUCGUGAUGCCCUCCUACUUCUACCACAUUGCGAUCGAAUUAUUUGCUCGCCCGCACUCUGACCUCCACGGCACCUACCCAGGCGUGGACAAGCACUCGACAUCGCUAUCCUUCGACUCCGCAUGCGAAGCUCUACUCCCGUUCCAGAAGCGCCCCCGACACUCACCGUGGGCACAUCGAUCCUCUCGUCAUCAAGCGCAUGGGAAACACCCACGCCCCUCAUCCAACAAUUUCGCCGAAACCCACGGCUCGGACUCUACUACCAACGUCACAGACCCCCGUACCCCUCACCUCUACACGACUUCGUCCACAAGCGCAUCCGAUCUCGAGAGAGAUCUCAGACUCGAUAAAGUGUCCAUCGAGUGCAUUGAUAUGAUUCCAUCGGAGCAGGACACCAGUGCUGCGAAGCGGACGGGCUGGAAGGACGCAAAGGAUAACCCCAUCGCGACCGGGAUCGGCACGGAUAUCUUGGGAGGACUACGCACGAAAGGCAAAUACAUACCGCUGGACCAGAGCACUUCGGACAGUGUUUGGGGAAUCGUGCAUCUAUACCGAGAUGCUCAGGAGACGCCGUACCUGACAGAAGAGGACUACCCCUCGUACUUGAAAGGUUCAGCGGCUGCGGCGAGGACACCAUACGAUGAAGUGGGCGGCAGCAGUAGGCCCCCGCGCGCAGAAGAGCACAUGCCAGAUGAGGAAUGCACGACGCUAUGUAUCCUAGCCGUCCCUUCAUAUAUGUCGCCCUCCGACUUUCUGGGGUUCGUGGGCGAAUCGACUAUGAACGAUGUCACUCACUUUCGCAUGAUCAAGACCGCUCGAGCGAACCGGUACAUGGUCUUGAUGAAGUUUCGCAACGGGAAGAAGGCCAAGGAGUGGCAGAAGGACUGGAAUGGAAAGGUGUUUAACAGCAUGGAGCCCGAAACCUGUCAUGUCGUCUUCGUAAAGACCGUCGAAAUACAAGCCGUUGAACCGGGCGCGCUGUCUGGAUCACAGAGCGGUCUUCUUUCCCCACACGCUACAACGAGUCCUGUGCGGACGACGCCUAUUUCGACUACACAGUCAAGCUCCAUACCUUCUGCUACUCUCUCUACCAGGCCGCUGGCGCCUCCUACCCCUGCGCUUAUCGAAUUGCCAACAUGUCCCGUGUGUCUGGAGCGUAUGGAUGAGACCACCGGCUUGCUGACUAUCAUAUGUCAGCAUGUCUUUCACUGCACAUGUCUACAGAAGUGGAAAGGAAGUGGCUGCCCCGUAUGUCGAUACACACAAGAUGAUAUUCGACGGAACAGCCAAGCCGCAUUAUACGAUGAUGAACCAGCCGAGUGCAGCGUGUGCCACUCGGAUAUAAACCUCUGGAUAUGCCUUAUUUGCGGAAACGUCGGCUGUGGACGCUAUGACGGCGCACAUGCAUUUGCGCACUACAAGGAAACGGCGCAUGCCUUUGCAAUGGAUCUCUCUACCCAGCGCGUCUGGGACUACGUCGGCGAUGCCUACGUGCACCGCAUUAUCCAAAGCAAAACUGAUGGCAAGCUCGUGGAACUUCCAGCAGCCGACAACAGCGCGCUCGACCCACCCGACUGGACGGACGCCGUUCCGCGGGAGAAGCUGGAGAACAUGAGCGUGGAAUACACCCAUCUACUUACUAGUCAACUUGAAAGCCAACGAGCCUACUUCGAAGAGGUAGUCGAGCGUGCCGUGGAUAAAGCAUCUCAAGCCAGUGCCGCUGCCUCUUCCGCGCAGGACGCAGUCGAGAAAGCCACCGCCAGCUUGAAGAGCCUACAGGCACAAUAUGAUACCCUUACUAGCGAGAUCAUCCCCGGGCUGGAGCGCGAUAAGGCGCGGGCCGAGAAGCGCGCGGAGAAGUUCGAGAUGAUGACGCGCAAGAUGGAGAAAGAGUGGCGAGAAGAGAAGACGAUGAAUGAGAAUCUCAUUGAACGGGUUGAGCUUCUGAAGUCCGAGGUGGAAAGUCUGAAGCUUGCGAAUGCGGAUUUGACGGAGCAGAACCGGGAUCUCACUUUCUUCAUUAGCGGGUCGGCGCGACUGCAGGAUCAGGGCGAUGAUGUGGUGCAGGGGACAGUCAGUGUUCCUGAACCGGAGAAGCCGAAGAAGAAGGGUAAGGGGAGGAAGAAGUGAUCGAGGGGGGAUUUAUCCUAGGCUCGCCGGUUCGAGUCGAUGGAUUAACAUGCAGCAGGUCUAUUGUUACGACACAAUCCACAUAUAUCACUACAUUAGUAUAACAGCACAAAUGCAAGAAAGAACCUAAUGCAAUGAAAC